AUGACUACAAUCAAGAAUGUCGCCGUUGCAACUGGGAAGAUCGGCCGCCCAAUCGUGGAUCGUCUUCUAUCUUCGAAACUCUUCAACGUGACUGUUCUCACGCGUGACGAGAGUCGACGGCGCGAACUCCCUGCAGACGUCAUCGUCAAGGAGGUAAACUAUGAUUCUAUUGAGUCAUUGGAGUCUGCUCUUCAGGGACAAGAUGCGCUAGUUUCCGCAAUGGCCUUCGAAGCCAUCCACGUGCAGAAGAAUCUUGUCGACGCGGCGGCUAAGGCCGGCGUAAAGAGAAUGAUUCCUUCUGAGUACGGCAACGAUCUCUUAAAUCCCAAGCUAGCUGAUUUCCCCAUCUAUAAGCCUAAGAUCGCCAUUCGUCAGCGCUGCGAACAAAAGGUGAUGGAGAACCCGCCAUUCUCGUGGACUACGAUUCACAAUGCUUCAUUCCUUGGCCCGGACUGGACCUUGGACUUCAUCGUGGACGUAAAGCAGCGUAAGGCUGAUAUCAAGGAUGGCGGUGACGUACUGUUCUGUGCUACGACCUACGACGACAUUGCACAAGCCGUAAUUGGUAUAUUGACCCACUUGGAAGAGACGGCUAAUCGUCCCGUGAGAAUCUCUAGCGUCAACACGACCCAGAACGAAUUAAUUGCCAUAGCCAAAGAGCUGGGCGCUAGUGACGGCUGGGAUAUUACUCAUUCCAGAACCGAGGACCUGGAGACCAAAGCCCUACAACGUUGGGCAGAAGGUGAUCAUAGCGAGGAGGUGAUCGCUAUGUUCAUUAAUAGGGCGUUCAUUGGCAAAGGCUGGGGCGGAUACUUCCCGGUCCGGGAUAACGAUUUGUUAGGUAUCAAGGGCCUAGAAAGAGAUGAGCUGAAAGCCAUCAUCAAGCUUGCUAUGGACAGAUGA